AUGGAGCCUUGGAGUUACAGCUCAUCUCCAGACUACAGAGAGUGUCAAACCUUGCUAGCGCGCAACCUCUCCCCCUCCCACCUCUCCAAAGCCAGAGAGCCCUAUCCAGGCCGUCCGCCUCCCAACGCGGGCCCGUCCCUUAGCGCAGGUGCGCUCAGGCGGAAGCCAUGCGCGCCAGCCGCUGCGCCUCAUGCUCGGCGGAGAGCGCUGAUCUGCCGCAGAUGUCGUUGCCUUCGGGUUGGGCGAGACCAGGGCGGCGAUGGCGGCCGGCGGCCGGCAGGAGGUGCUCUUGCGGCGCAGGAAGAGAAGCGAGCCGAAAGGGGGAAAAACACACACACAGAGAGGAGAGCGCCAGAGCGCACGCUUGGCCAUAACAACCCAGCCGUCGCCUCCUCCUCCUCCGCCGCUGGCAGGAUUCAUCAGACCGGUCGUGGGGAGGGGGGACACGAUCCGAACGACGGAGGGGAUGUUGAGGCGGCCGCUGCCGCCGCCACCUUCGCCCGCUGGGAAGCAGUGCUCUUGAAGCGGAGGAGGAGGGAGAUCUGGGCAGCCAAGCCGGCUCCCCCCCCCCUUGCACUUUGCAAGUCCGCCAGACGAAGGGAGAGCCCCGGCGAGCCUUGCGGAGCCAGGAAAAUGGAGAUGAUUGACACCAGCACCACUCAGCAGGAGAGACUGCAGGCCAUUGCGGAAAAGAGGAAGCGCCAAACAGAGAUUGAAAAUAAGCGGCGGCAGUUGGAAGAUGACCGGCGCCAACUGCAGCACCUCAAGUCGAAAACCCUGCGGGAGAGAUGGCUGCUCGAGGGAGCUCCUUCAUCCACGGCCGAGGAAGGAGAAGCCUUGAAGAUGCAGAUGGAGCAGGACGACUUGAAGGUGAAGGAGCUGGAGGAGAGCAUCGAGAG